AUGUCUGGGCGUGGGAAGCAGGGCGGCAAGGCUCGUGCCAAGGCCAGAUCGCGGUCGUUUAGAGCCCAGCUUCAGUUCCCAGUUGGUCGAAUCCACCGCCUGCUCCGCAAGGGCAACUACGCCGAGCGCAUUGGGGCUGGUGCGCCCGUGUACCUGGCGGCCGUGCUGGAGUACCUGACUGCUGAGAUUCUGGAGUUAGCUGGAAACGCAUCUCGUGAUAAUAAAAAGACGCGUAUCAUUCCACGCCACUUGCAGCUGGCCAUCCGUAACGACGAGGAGCUCAACAGGCUCCUGGGCGGUGUGACCAUUGCGCAGGGUGGGGUUCUGCCCAACAUCCAGCCUGUGCUGCUGCCCAAGAAGACUGAGAGCCACCACAAGAGCAAGGGCAAGUAA